UAAAGUGUCAGGAAGGAACUUGUGCAGAUAUACUAGAAUCCUAUGUGGGAGUUAUUUAUAGGAGUUACUUCUGUUUUCUAUCAGCGCGCAUAAACUUAAUAUCUCAUCUACGCCUACUUCUGAUACCAUUUUGAAGCAAAUCAUUGAAUCUGCCUCUUCAUGUGAAUAUAAACUCAACCUCAACAGCGUUUCCGAUUGCAGUGACUCCCACGCUUCUUACACAGUUAAAAGAUAUCGGCCAAACUGCUUACGCUGCAUGUGAGUCAGUGACAUUCUACAUGCAGGCUUUGUAACUCGAAAACUAUUAUCUGUAACAUGGAAAAUGAGUCAAAUACUAUGGAAGAUUUAAACGAAGAAUUUGUUCCUGAAUCAAAAAAUUUGUCAAUAUCUGAAAUUACCGAGGAAAUACUGAAAAACUGUGGAGGAUUUGGCCCAUAUCAAAAGAAACUUACGGCCUUUGUUAUAUUAUACGUAGUUUUUGAUGCCUUACAAUUUUUAACGAUGGUGUUUGUAAGGGAGAAGGUCCCCUUUGCUUGUUAUCCUUCAAAUUUCAAUAAAUCCUUGAUUCCAUCAAAUAUCACCUUGAAUGAAUUCUUGGAUAAGAUAACUACUGAAGAUGAUGAAUGCUCUGUGUAUCGCCUUGAUAUGGAAGAAGGAUUUUAUAAUCUUCCAGUCAGUAAUUCUACAAAGGAACCGUGUAGUAAUGGUCGGAUGUUCAACACAAAGGAGUUCUCAACCAUUGUAUCUGAGUUUGAUUUAGUUUGCGAAAAAGAAUGGAUGAGAAACCUAAUAGUGUCUAUAAUGUUUGUUGGUGUUCUUAUUGGAAGUUCUGUGUGUGGAAUAUUGUCUGACAAAAUCGGCCGAUUUAAAACAUACUGUUUUUCAGAAAUAGCGUACCUCAUUUGCGCUAUAACUAAAAUAAACUCAACAAAUUAUACCAUGUUUGUUAUUAUGUACUUCCUCGAAGGAUUCGGACAAGCAGGAACCUUUAUGAUGUUAUACACCAUCUUAGUAGAAUGUGUCUCACAAAAUUACCGAAUGCCUUUGAAUUUUGCUGUUCAUGGAAUCUUUGCUCUCGGAGAAAUGCUUCUUGCAGGACUGGCAUAUGGACUUCGUGACUGGAAAUAUCUAUUGUAUGCUACAUGUCUUCCGCACAUUCCGCUGCUCAUUAUAGCAAUGAAAUAUCUUCCUGAAUCUCCUCGGUGGCUUCUUAGUAAAAGAAAAUUUGAAAAAGCAAAAAAGUCAUUCAACAGGAUAGCAAGAGCAAAUAAAAGAGACGAUGAGAAGAUGGCAAAUCUUUGGAAACUUCAAAGAGAAGUAGAAAGCAAAUCAAUAAUUCAUGAACAAACUGAUGGUGAUACAUAUAUUAGAAAUAAUCGAAAAUCUGAAAAGAAAUCUUCCACAGCAAUUGAUCUCUUUAAGAAACCUCGAAGAGUGUUGAUUUCUACAAAUCUUUGGUUUAAUUGGAUUGUGAACAGUAUGCUUUAUUACGGAGUGACAUUAAAUUCUGUUGAUAUGUCUGGAAAUCGAUAUUUAAACUUCGUGUUGAUAUCAGCAGUAGAAAUUCCAGCCGGCUUUAUCGGGUACAUCUUCUUUCACUGGUUUGGUCAUCGAAAGCCGCUCUGUUUCUUCAUGGUAUUCGCUGGACUUAACUGCAUUGUCUCAAACUUUGCGCCAAAAGCUAACCUUUGGCUUCCACUUAUGUUAACUGUUCUCGGAAAGCUGGGUGGGUCAGCAUCAUUUAAUGGUAUUUACCUGACCUCAGUUGAACUAUUUCCAACAGUGGUACGCAACAGUGGCAUAGGAAUAGCUUCGUCAGUUUCUCGAGUUGGUGCUAUUCUUGCACCACAGAUUCUUGGAUUAUCUGUGUACCUAUCUUGGUUGCCACUCAGUAUUUACGGUGCACUGGGUAUUCUUGGAGGAUUCCUCAUUCUUUUACUUCCCGAAAUGAAAGAUUCCUAUUUACUAGAAACGCUUGAAGAUAUGGAUAACUUGUAAAUUUGGCUUUUCAUUGAAAGGAACAGAAUGAGAAGUAUUUUAUAUUAAAUUUUUGUCAAUAUAUUACGCUUCCUAACAUAUUUGCAUUUAUUUAUUACAAUAUAUUUAUUUUUUGCACUAUUCAAAGCGUGGCUGGACACACCAUUCGGACUU